AUGCGGCGCGUGUUACAGAUUCGGGCACCGGGCGACUGCAUCGUAUCAAGCGUGGCCGACGAUGAGACACCUUGCCGCGAAGAAGAACGUCGGAUCGGAGCUCAGGUGAUGGUUUUCGCCGGGUCUGGCGCUCGCUCUCCUCGAAGUCCCCGCUUCAGACAGCGCGUCAUUCACUGGCGCGACUUUCCGGAGCAGAACAUGCUGACGAUUGCAGAGCUGCCCAUGGAUGAGCAGACGCGGUCCUCCAAGUCUACGUCCGUCGCCGUUCUUGAGUUGCUUCGGGGAAGCCAACCGGCAGAGACUCAACUCAUGCGCGUGACCAUGGGCUUGUUCGUGCAACAAGUUGGCUCCUGGGCCGGGGCGUCGCUGCGGUCACUCUGCGACGCCAAGCGCAAACUGUUCCAGAGCACUCUCGGCUCCAUAGGAGGAGAAGCCUUGGUUACUUUACAGAAGGCCGAUCGAGACCUUUAUUGUGUUCUCAGUUUGCGGACAUGUCCUGGAGGAUGGCCCCUCCUUCCGGGCAACAUAGGCGACACCAGGGAUGUGAAGCUCCCACCCUGCAAAGCCCCUGAGGCAUUCCGGUUCUGGCAUCGUUGGACUGGGGAGUUCUCCUUUGCGAGCUAUUUGCAAGGCUUCCUGGAGGGCCUCGGCGUAAGUGACACUCAAGUCUUUUCCACGAUGAAUGGGAAACCGCUGGCCUUCUUUCAGGCUGCAGUCAUACGCUCCCAUUGGCGCUUGCUGGCGGACUGGUUUGAUCAUGCCUGGCAAUGUCAGACAUUGGCCUACCAGCAAGACUCCGACUUUAGUCUUCGCCACACUCCCAAGAUCUGUGACCACAAGACGGCACGCUUUGCUGUCGUCGAGGAUCCUGAGGCGAGCAUCGAAGACGAAAAGUCGCCCGUCAGCGUGCGACGCACGUUCAUUCAUGUCGACGACGACCCACUUUGUCCAGCACAGCACGCUCGCUCAAAGAGCAAGUAA